AGGCGGAAGGCGGAAGACGGAAGACCAGAUUCUUGAUUCUUCUUUGGUUAACAGGAACAGCUGAGAGGACUUUUUGAAGCUUUCUUUGCCUGUCUGCAACCUCUCUUUCUUGUGCUCCUGCUUUAUUUACUUCUUAUCUUUCUUCGAUGUAUCUCUCUUUUACAUCUCUUGAGAUCUGAGUUCCUUCAUCUUCAAAUUUAUACAGAUUCGAAAUAUAACAGGAUUGUUUCAGGGGAGAACUCGAUGGAUUUGUCAACGAGUCAACCUGAAUUUGAUUAUUUGUUCAAGUUGUUAUUGAUUGGAGACUCUGGAGUUGGGAAGAGCAGUCUUCUUUUGAGUUUCACUUCCGAUACCUUCGAAGAUCUCUCUCCCACGAUUGGUGUGGACUUCAAGGUGAAACUAGUCAACCUUGGUGGGAAAAGGUUGAAGCUUGCAAUAUGGGAUACAGCUGGUCAGGAGAGAUUCAGAACAUUAACAAGCUCAUACUAUAGAGGAGCACAAGGGAUCAUAAUGGUUUAUGAUGUGACACGGCGAGAAACAUUCACAAACCUUUCUGAUGUGUGGGCAAAGGAAAUUGACCUCUAUUCAACCAAUCAAGAUUGCAUCAAGAUGCUGGUUGGAAAUAAAGUAGAUAAGGAAAGUGAAAGGGUCGUCACAAAGAAAGAGGGAACUGAAUUUGCUAGAGAAUAUGGGUGCCUCUUUCUUGAAUGUAGUGCUAAAACAAGAGUUAAUGUUGAGCAAUGCUUUGAGGAGCUUGUUUUGAAGAUAUUGGAUACACCGAGUCUCUUGGCAGAGGGUUCAACAGGCGUGAAAAGAAACAUCUUCAAACAAAAGCCUCCACAGCCUGAUCCAUCGGCCAGUACUUGUUGCUAACGCUUGUAGCUAACACAAUUUACCAUCCAUGAUUUCUCCCAUCUCCACAUCCGACAACAGUGGUUCCUGCAGUGAUAGUUGUGGUGUUGGUGUGCAUGACAGUUUAUUACUUGGUCUAUUGGUCACUUAUAUGUACUAUUUGUUGAAUGGGAAGCUGUAAAUUUGUUUUAAUAGUACACUUCGUUGUGAUUUUGUGAUCUCAGACUCUAGAACUAUUAUGACAAGGAAAUGUUCUUAUUCUUAGCUUCUUUAUAUUUUAGGCUUUUAGCAAUGUGAAAUGCUCUUCAAGGCGGUGUGGAUUA